AUGCCGAUUGGCGACUCCGAUGGCGUGCAUUGCACGUUCUCAUCAAUGCCAGCGGACGCUGAGCUCUGCGUGUCCGACUCCUUCCCCAGCCAGGUGAACUUUCACGUGGCGCUUAGCCCCGUGACGCAGGGCUCGAAGCCCUUCCUUGUGUGGGAGACGCCCACGGUGCAGCGGAUGACACCGAACUAUGCCUACAAGUCUCUCCUAGAAGGCGGAUACAUCGACGACUCCAACCGAGACUUGAUGCAAAAGGCCCUCUUCCUCGGUACCUACCCGCACUUCUCCAACAGGACGGACCGGAAAUUGGCCAACUUUGCGGCAAAUUUCUUCAACGUCCACCUGUGGUCCAUGCGACAUCGGGCCGACCCUGCCGGGCAGGUGCCGGGCCAGUACGCUGCCAUUGAUGUGGGAGAGGCGCUGGCCUUCGAUGCCUUUCAAAAGCACGCCGGCGUCGUUUUCAACAUCACCGAUGACCGGUACUCCAUGGUGUUCCGCACCUCCGGAAGUGCCCUCGAGGGCGACGAUGUCGUCACCAACCAUCCCCACCUCUACAAGAACGAGCAGGACAGCCUCUACAUGGAGAAGGCUCUGGCUGCAAUGGAGGAGAUCUUUGGCUACAAGGUGCGGGAGAAGAUCUUCGAGGAUGGGGCGGGAGACCAGAGUACCGACUUCACCGCGAUCUCCGUCGAGCCGAGACCGGGCGCCGUAUCGAUCGACGGCAUGUUGCGCCACUUCGAAGCCGCCAAGGGCUUCUUUGCGCAGAAACCCCUCGUACUUUCCGAGGAGGCGGUGCGCAAGAUCAUCGAGGCAGAAGCCAUGCAAGUCUGA